CACCCGUGCUCGCCGAUCCACAGAAAACGCAGCUCUAGGUUUCUCCUCUCACGCGCCCGAGCUCCCACUCCGCCGCCCGCCGCCGGUCUCCGUCGCCUCCCUCUUCCCCGAGCCGCUCCGCCGCGACCCGUCUCCGCACCAGCUCUUCUUCCCUGAUUCUAGGGUGGAAGUACUGUCUAAACCAAGAGCUCAAAGAUGAACAAGGGGAAGAUUUUUAAGUUAGCCAAGGGAUUCCGAGGAAGGGCUAAAAACUGCAUAAGAAUUGCCAGGGAGCGUGUAGAAAAAGCAUUGCAAUAUUCUUACAGGGAUCGGCGCAACAAGAAAAGGGACAUGCGAUCUCUCUGGAUCGAGCGCAUCAAUGCUGGUACACGACUCCAUGGGGUGAACUAUGGCAACUUCAUGCAUGGACUGAUGAAGGAGAAUGUCCAACUCAACAGGAAGGUACUCUCGGAGCUGUCGAUGCAUGAACCGUACAGCUUCAAGGCCCUCGUUGAUGUAUCCCGCACUGCGUUCCCUGGGAACAGGCCGGCUGCCAAGAAGGAAGGACUAGCAAGCAUUCUAUAGACAAUCCCUCCCUUGACAAUUCAGUUUGCUGGUUGAAACCUACCAAAGCCUUGUGAUGAGCUCAUGUGAUGUGGGUAUGUAUCACAUCACGGUUUAGUCCAUGUUAUUCGGUCUGUUGGCCUGUUGAACAGAGGGUGCAUGUACUGUACUUGGUGCGCUUCUUUUUCUGGAUAAUGCGCUCUGUUUACCGUCAAUAAAGAAAGAUCUGGUCAUUUUGGGAAGAAAA